AUGGCGUCUGAAACACCGCCGAAUGGGGUUGCUGGCUUGACGGCACGUUGGGCAGAUAUGGUGUUAGAGGACGAGGAAGAGGCUUUCGAACCGGUGCACCUUCAUGGACAGUCGGACAACAUGAUAGAGCACGAGACAUGGCCGGUUGUGGGUCGUUUCUUAACGGCAAGGAUGAUUAAGCUCGAGUAUAUGCGUCAAGUUUUAGCUUCGGUUUGGAAGCCAGUGAAAGGGGUUCAGAUCACGGAGUUACAGCCUAACGUAUUCAUGUUCGUUUUCUUUCACGCGACGGAUAUGCAAUAUGUUCUUGACGAAGGCCCUUGGUCGUUUGAUAAUUGCACACUUGUUUGUCGUCGGGUGCCGGAUGGCGUUUUGCCUGGAGAUGUCAAGCUUGACUCCAUUGACAUGUGGGUGCAGCUCCAUGAUGUCCCUGUAGGCUACACCUCGAGUUUGAUCCUUGAACAAAUCGGAAACUUCCUUGGUUCCUUUGUGAAGGGUGAUGACCGGUUUGCAGGGGCACCUUGGUUGGAUUUUUAUCGGAUUCGGGUGGCUUUGCCAGUUGAUAAGCCGAUCAAGAGAAGAAUGAAGCUCCUUAAGCGUGAUAAAUCCUGGUGUUGGGUGACGUUUAAGUAUGAACGGUUACACUGCUUUUGUUUCUUUUGUGGUAUGAUGGGUCACACGCAUAGGUUUUGCUUAAAGGCGAGGGAAUCAUCUAUCCCGCUUGAUCAGUACCCCUUCGAAGCAGAUUUGAGAGCGGGGCAGCGCCGGGGCCCUAGGGCAGUAGGGGAUAAUUAG